UUGUUUUGCUGGACACUUUUUUUUUUUUUAAGGCACAGAAAAGGAGUUUGCUUGAUGUGAGAGUGAAAUGGACGUAAGAUUUUAUCCACCUCCAGCCCAGCCCGCCGCUGCGCCCGACGCGCCCUGUUUGGGACCCUCUCCCUGCCUGGACCCCUACUAUUGCAACAAGUUUGACGGUGAGAACAUGUAUAUGAGCAUGACAGAGCCGAGCCAGGACUAUGUGCCAGCCAGCCAGUCCUACCCUGGCCCAAGCCUGGAAAGUGAAGACUUUAACAUUCCUCCCAUCACUCCUCCUUCCCUCCCCGAUCACUCUCUGGUGCAGCUGAAUGAGGUCGAACCCGGUUACCACUCUCUGUGUCACCCAAUGAACCAUAAUGGCCUGCUACCGUUUCAUCCACAAAAUAUGGACCUACCUGAAAUCACCGUCUCCAAUAUGCUGGGACAAGACGGAGCACUGCUUCCCAACUCCAUUUCUGUGAUGCAAGAUAUACGGAACCCAGAAGGGACGCACUAUAGCUCCCAUCCUCAGAUGGCAGCCAUGAGACCAAGGGCUCAGCCUGCAGACCUCAGGCAGCAGCCAGGAAUGAUGCCGCAUGGCCAGCUCACCACCAUCAACCAGUCACAGCUCAGCGCUCAGCUCGGACUUAACGUGGGAGGGGGCAGCAUCCCCCACAACUCACCAUCUCCUCCUGGAAGCAAAUCUGCGACUCCUUCACCAUCCAGCUCAGUGCACGAAGACGAAGGUGACGAUGCCUCUAAGAUCAAUGGUGGAGAGAAACGACCUGCCUCUGACAUGGGGAAAAAACCAAAAACCCCCAAAAAGAAGAAGAAGAAGGACCCUAAUGAGCCACAGAAGCCAGUGUCUGCCUAUGCGUUAUUCUUCCGUGAUACUCAGGCUGCCAUCAAGGGCCAAAAUCCAAAUGCUACCUUUGGUGAAGUUUCUAAAAUUGUGGCUUCCAUGUGGGAUGGUUUGGGUGAAGAGCAAAAACAGGUCUAUAAAAAGAAAACAGAGGCUGCGAAGAAGGAGUACCUGAAGCAACUAGCAGCAUACAGAGCCAGCCUGGUGUCCAAGAGCUACAGCGAGCCUGUUGACGUGAAGACGGCUCAGCCUCCGCAGCUGAUCAAUGCCAAGCCGCCGUCAGUGUUCCCUGGGCCCAGCCAGGCCCACUCAGCUCUGUACCUAAGUUCCCACUACCACCAACAACCAGGAAUGAACCCUCACCUAACCGCCAUGCAUCCCAGUCUCCCCAGGAGCAUAGCACCCAAGGCCAACAACCAAAUGCCAGUGACUGUCUCUAUAGCCAACAUGGCCGUGUCCCCCCCCCCUCCCCUCCAGAUCAGCCCCCCUCUUCACCAGCAUCUCAACCUGCAGCAGCACCAGCCGCUCUCCAUGCAGCAGCCCCUCGGGACCCAGCUCCCCAUGCAGGUCCAGCCCGCCUUACACUCCCCCACCAUGCAGCAGAAAAUUCACAGUGCAGGUCCUGACCUUGCCUUCAUCUCACAGGGAUUUAAUCUUCAACCCGACUAUCAGACCAUAAUCAAUCCUACAUCUACAGCUGCACAAGUGGUUACCCAGGCCAUGGAGUAUGUGCGCUCCGGGUGCAGAAAUCCUCCCACCCAGCCCGUGGACUGGAAUAACGACUACUGCAGUAGUGGGGGCAUGCAGAGGGACAAAGCACUGUACCUUACCUGAAACUCCAGACACCUCUUCUUUCCACUGAGGCAUUCAGGGAAGUCUUUU